CUGGAUAUAUGAGACGUUCAGUAAGCGGCCUUUCGUCUUUUGAAAGAAAAAAGGCUGGGCUUAUAGAGGAACCUCACACCCUAAGCUUUUCAACCUUCAGAAACAACCUCUCCUAAGAACGAGAACUGCCAGGCCACAGCGCGGAGAUUAACGGAGGUGCUGGACUUUUUUCCACUCUGGGAUGGUGAUUUAGCAAUUGAUUCGGACAUAACGAGCAAAGCGUAUUUCCCUGUAAAACCGGAGCUCAAGGCAGCUAUUUUGCCAAAGUAGGACCGGACAGCAGGUUGCUGCACGAUUUUUCUUUUCUUUUUUUUUUUCCUGUCUUGCGUGGGUGUGCGUGAGCGUUUAUAUGUAAUGAUGGCCACUUACCAGGACCCUGAGGAUGACGCGAUGGCUUUAAUGAUCCACGACACCAACGCCAGUAAAGAGAAAGACCGGCCUAAAGAAGAACAGGGUCCAGAGAAGAGCUCGGAGAAGACCGAUCCAACCCAGAAGCCACCGUACUCUUAUGUCGCGCUCAUUGCGAUGGCCAUUCGAGAAAGCCCUGAAAAAAGACUGACGUUGUCAGGUAUUUACCAGUACAUAAUCAGCAAAUUCCCUUUCUACGAGAAAAACAAAAAAGGAUGGCAGAACAGCAUUCGACACAAUCUAAGUCUCAACGAAUGUUUCAUUAAAGUUCCCAGGGAGGGCGGAGGAGAGCGCAAAGGCAACUACUGGACUCUCGACCCUGCAUGUGAAGAUAUGUUUGAAAAGGGCAACUACCGCCGACGACGGCGGAUGAAACGACCUUUCAGACCUCCUCCGACCCACUUCCAGCCUGGAAAGACACUUUUCGGCACUGACGGCUAUGGCUAUCUUCCAACCCCGAAGUACUUACAGUCCAGUUUUAUGAACAAUUCAUGGUCACUUGGACAGCCACCUACUCCCAUGUCUUACACAUCUUGCCAGAUGGCAAGUGGCAACGUGAACCCGGUCAAUGUGAAAGGGCUGUCAACGCCCGCUUCUUACAACCCUUAUUCCAGAGUUCAAAGCAUGGGUUUACCUAGCAUGGUCAACUCCUAUAACGGGAUGAGCCAUCAUCACCACCCGCAUGCUCACCAUCCACAACAGCUGAGCCCGGCGACCCCUGCGCCUCCUCCUGCGUCAGGUACAAAUGGAGCCGGUCUUCAGUUUGCAUGCUCACGGCAACCAACAGAACUUUCUAUGAUGCACUGUUCAUACUGGGAUCAUGAGAGCAAACAUAGCGCUUUACAUACAAGAAUAGACAUCUAAGUCAUCGAGCAGGACCCUUAAGUACUUAACGUCAGCCAAACACAAGUAGAUAUUUAAGAUGAUCAUGGAUAUUUCUGUUUGUUUUACUUUUUGGUAACAUUUUUAACGGUGCCACAGUUUCUUGCACGGGGAUCCUGCGCCACGUAAAGCAGUGUAAGUCUUUAGAGAUUCUCUAAUUCAGCCUACAGAAUAAAUGUUCAAAAGCUAUGGUCACUUGUCACAAGUUUCAUUUAGGAAGAGGUCUUAUUGCUGUCUGUAAUUUCAGUAGGCCUAAAAUACAAUGUCUGCUUUGAACGACUGUUUCCACUGAUGGAAUUUAACCUUUAUAAUUUUUUUAAUUAUUUUUUUAUAUUGAACUGACCACUCACUGUAACUUAUAAAUAUGUACACAUAUAGCGUUCAACAGUAAACCUUAAGUGAUGGAGAUAUUAAAAUAACCUUCAAAAAUGGCUGCAGUACAAGUUGCUAAUUUAGUGCAGGUUGGUUGCAAAGUUAUGGUUAUAAGUCAGAAAAAUUAAUGUGAUUUCUGGAACAACCUGAAAACAUGGAUGUAUUUUCAGACCUAUUGGGAAAAUGCAUUUUAAAUGAAAAAUAAAAGGUAAUGAUAAUAGCAAACUCUUAUUUGACGGGUAAUAUAGCCAUAUUUAACAGUAUUCUGGGAAGGUACAUUUUCUUGAAAAAUGCUGCUGCCCAUUCACCAGUCUUCAGUUAUAUUCUUCUUUAAAUGUUUUAUUUUAAAAAAACACGUUGCCGGUCAUUCAGGGUCAGAUGUUGUUUUCUUUUUUUCUGUAUUUUAAAAGUUGUACAGUAUAAUUGGGACCAAUUCACAAACCAGUAGCACUUUUACUUGUGUAUUCUAGUAUUGUGGAAAUUCUUAAUAAAUCAGUUAUUUCUUACA